AUGAUCAAAUCAACUGGUAGUGCUGCUCUUGUCAAUAAUUUUUCAUCGGUGAUGAAUCGUUGUUUGGAGGAAAAGAAACCAGCAGCUGCAGAGGAAGAUGUUAGCAAAUAUUUAAAGACUUUUAAUAUUACAUCAAUUUCCGAAGAAGGUUCCCUAGUUGUUUCUACAGCAGGUACUUGUCCAAGUGUUGCAAUCAAUAUGGAUGAACCAAUUACUUUAGGAGGAACAAAUCAAGGUCCUACUCCAUUGGAAUUGUCGUUGGCAUCAUUGUCUGGUUGUGAAAUAAUAACUGCUCGAUAUGCUGCUAGAGGCAUGAAGAUGCAAAUCAAAUCAAUUUCCUGCACCAAAAUGUCGGGUGUUUUAGAUGUCAGAGGAUUGAGAGGUGUGGCUGGUGUUCCUGCUCACUUUAAAUCAGUCGAUAUGGUAUUUGAAGUUGAAACUAAUGAAUCGAACGAAAGAAUUGACACCUUAAAAGAAAGAGUUGAGAGAUCUUGUCCUGUAUUCCAAAUGUUCAAAGCUGCCAAUGUUACAAUGAAUUGUGUAUGGAAGAGAAAGGAUUAA